AUGUUCAUGACAACUAUCACUACUUCUCUUCGAUGGUAUGAGUAGUAAAAAUGUCUGUAAUCAUGCACCAUUCAUAUGGACACGCGGAACUUUAGGCAUCCUUGAAAUAUAGUAUACAAUUGAAUCCUCAAGAAACUUUUGUGCAAUUGCCAAAACACUAUCAACAUGGCUUCAAAAAACCUAAUAGAGUUUGAGAAAGCCAUGAAAUACAUGGAACCCAUGGAAGUGAACGAUUAUCUUCAAAAAACACUGGACUUUUUGAAAAGAAACAACAGCGAAGUAUACUUUCCCUCCAUCUCGCCUUACGUCGAGGGGUUUUUGGUAAAUUUGGUCACUGAUACGAGGAACUUGAAGAGCAAGGCCUUCAAGGAUCAGGACAGAGUGCUUGCCGAGGAGAUCAUUCAAGUUCUGGAGAUGUCUCGUGAGGUGUUUCGGUGGACACAUGCUUAUGAGAAUGGAAAGCUCUUAGUGUACAAAAAGAUAUUUUCUAAUAAGAUUAAGAAAAAGCCAGUCAAGCUGAGGACUUUACUGCUUGAAAAAGUACCCAAGAAUACCAACAAAUCUAAAAAAGACAAAGAAAAAACUAACAAUAUAGUUAGUGAGAAAAAGAAUACAAAUGAAACACACAAGGACAAAAAUGUGUCAAAUAGAUCGCAUAAAGAAAAUAAAGAUUCUAAUAUACAACCUGAUCAGUCUCUGUAA